AUGAAAACAAAUAAUAAUAAUAUAUUGAUAUACUUGGUUGGUAUAGGUUUUGUAUUUAUUGCUAUUUUGAUUUCGUCCAACUAUAUUACACCACCGGAUUUCGUCAAGAAACAAAUAUUGUUGAGUGUCGACUACACAAAAGCUGGAUGUAACAACAAGAAUGGAGAGAGCAACUGUAGUGUAACAAACGUUGUUUCAUCACCACCCGACCAUUUCAUAUACUUUGGCUUUGGCGAAUAUUUGGCGAGUCAGGCAAAGCUAUCGUUGGAGGAGCAUCGUCAUCAACAGCAGCAACACAAGCACGACUACCACUAUUUGCGUGUCGACUCGAAUCCCUAUACACUGACAGCCGACAACAGUAUCGAUCAUGUCAAAUUCCUCAUGCUUACGAACCAGAGUUUUGAACUGCCGGCCGUUGGCAGAGAGUUGGUCUGUCGCUACAAUGUCCGGCUGCAGACAUUCAACACUGACAAACAUCCAUUCGGCAGCAGUGUCCACAAUCCCGAGCAAGAUCUUCGUUUGGCAGCGGCCGCCGUCAACUCUCUCGAUUUCGCCACCAACAUUGUCGCCGACUUUCUCAUCACCAACAACCAAAUCUACGUGGUCUACGAACGUCUGCCAUUCGCCGGACCAGAAUAUGCAGCGUUCACAUUUGCCAUUCCGAUUCGCACGAGACAGCCCAACGAAUUUGUAGAGUUGGCAAUAGCGUGGGACGCCGAACAUCAGAUCGUUCGAUGGCUAAUCGACAACCGUGAGGUCUACCGUGUUUCAACCGUUGGAUACUUGAUUUCACGUGAGUAUUUAAUAGUGGAUCGUGGAGGUCGCGAAGAGUUGGUAUUCCCCAAGUCUGUGCAAUGUGGUGCUGGAACAUUCACACUGCUCGACGGAUCAGCACCAUGUCUGGAAAGAGAAACCACCGUUGGAGGUGGAUCUGGAUAUAAUUUAUAUCAAGAACUGGGAAUGGAUAGAAGUUCAUUCCUAUUAAAUAGUGUAGAGUUUGGUAGUGAUGAAAUAAGUAAUAGCGGGACUAUAUUAGUAUUAGAUCAUGAUAGUAAACAAAUAGAAUUAGAAGAGUAUGAAGGUGAUUCAGCUAUUUUAAUAAAUAAUAAUAAUAAUAAUAAUAGCAAUGUUGAUGAUAAUAAUUAUAAUGAUGAUAAAGGACUGUUAGAUAGUAAUAUUCAACAAUUACAAAGUAGUGGUAGUGGUGGUGAUACAAAUACAACUACUUAUGAAGAUAUAAAUAUUGGAGAUGAUAAAGAUGGAGAUCAAGAUGUACUGCCUCUUGACAUUGAGCGAAGAGUAUCAUUAUAUAUGUUGGCAUCUCAUCUAAUAACGAGAAUGGGUGAUAAGAUGUGGGAUUUCAUGAUACCCUUGACUCUGAUAGUAAUAUCACCUACAUCUCUAAUACCUUCAUCUUUAUAUGGUCUUUCUAUCACAUUUAUCGGUAUAAUAUUAUCACCUUCAGUCGGGAGAAUGGUUGACAUUAAAAAGAAAUUACCAAUGAUUAGAACAGCUAUUAGUUGUCAAGUAUGUGCAUUAGGUACUUCUGCAGUGUUGCUGUAUCUUCUCAUGCGAUACUCUGAGAGUAGUGACAAUAUUAAAUCAAACAUAUUCUCUCACGUUGGUACUGCACUAUGUUUCUUUGCUCUAUUGAUAUCUGCAUCAAUUCACUCUGUUGCAUCAAGUAUAAUGAAUAUCUCUGUUGAAAGAAAAUGGGUACCAAAGUUGAUAAAGAGAGAUUCAAGUUUAACUAAAAUGAAUACUAGAAUGAGACAGAUCGAUUUAGUAACAGAGGUAUCCGCACCGUUCAUUGCCGGAUUGCUUACUACCAUACCUCAUAUCAAUGAAUUACGUGCGUUCAUGAUAGUGGCAUUGUUUAACUUUGCUUCAUUCUUUCCACAGUUUUACUUUCUUCAAUUAGUUCACAAUUCAGCAUCUUUACAAUUAGAGAGACAAGAGCAACAAGUAGAAGAAGAAGAAUGUGUUCAACUAACUGAACAUCAGCAAGCUGAACAACUACAACAACAACAACAAAAGAAAUCAUAUACUCUUUAUAAUCCAUUCAAAGAUUUAAUUCGUGGAUGGAAGUUAUUUAUUAGACAAUCGGUAUUCUUGGUUGUAAUAUCAUUUGUAUUGCUUUGGUUUACUAUUCUAAGUCCACACGACCCGCUGCUCACUGCUUACCUGUCGUCUAGCGGCUAUACUAAUCUGCAGCUAGCGAUAUUCCGUGGUGUAGGUGCACUGUUUGGUUUGCUAUCGACAUUCUCAUUCGAACCGAUGGUUAAGAGAUUCGGUCUGGCCAACACAACCACCAUCUAUAUCGCCGAAGAAGGUCUAAUGGUAUUACUUGCCGGUCUCGUCUUCACGGUACUCCCACUGACCACAGCAACUCGCUACAUCUUCCUCAUACUGAUAGUAGUGUCACGUGUCGGACUCUACGGAUUCGAACUUGGCGAGAUUCACUUUGUACAGCGAGCAGUUCAAGAUUCAAUACGUGGCAAUAUCAGCGGUGUCGAAACUUCACUGACCAGUCUGGCGAUGCUAGCGGUGUACAUCGGUGGUCUGGCAGUUCACUCGACCGCCAAUUUCUCCAUACUCAUUUGGCUCUCAAUUGGAUUCAUCAACAUCGGUGUAAUAACUCUUCUCUUUUGGAGAUUCACCAAACCAAUCGAUAUAAAACUACAUAAAUUACAAAACUAA